AGUUUCGUUUUUCAUUCCUGACCUAUAAAUACCGGAAGUGUCGCUCUGGCAGCGUCAAUACGCUAGACAAACGGAGAAAGCGGAACUCCGUAAACAUGCGUGCUGGGACGGCCCUUGCCGCUACAGUGGGAGCAGUAGGUACAGUGGCCUUGGCUCCUGUUGCUCUGGGGGCCAUAGGUUUCACCUCAGCUGGAAUAGCUGCAGGCUCCUACGCUGCAAGCAUGAUGUCUGCUGCUGCGGCGGCUAAUGGAGGCGGAGUGGCAGCAGGAAGUGUGGUGGCUGUUUUACAGUCAGCAGGUGCAGCCGGGCUGUCUGGGACUGCCACUGCGGCUGUGGGCGGUGUUGGAGCUGCUGCAGGAGCAGGACUGAAAUGGCUAGGAGGUCUCAUUUUCAAGGACGAAGAAGACGAUGAAGACGAUGAAGACAAAAAUAAGUGUAGGAAUGGAAACUCACCAUACCCGAGGCUCCCCGCACUGUCCUCACACUUAGCCUGAAGGCUGUGGAUUCUGAUGGUGUCAUUCUGAUCAUUCCUUUUGUGCCUCUGGGUGACUUUCUCUGUGCACGCUGGUAUAAUAGUAGUGAACUGUAUACAACUGAAAAGCAUGACUGUUUUUAAGCAAGUGUGGAUUUUUUUCUCCUAUAUUUUCUAAAAUUUGCAUCUGAAUCAAUGAUCUAAUUGCAGGAAAUCCUAAUUCUAAAAUUCUGAAUGGCGUUAGUGCCAUUGUCCUCACUAAGAUAAAACUAAAUUUUGGUAAGAAAGUCUGGUUAAAUUGUUAAAUGUUAUUACUUACUACAGUUAGUUAACUAGCUCACAAUGACGAGUGGUGGAGGAUUUUUUUUAUUUAUUUUUUUGGAAUCAUUGUUUUAUCAGAAGUAGCAAUAAAUUACUAUGCCAACACUU